AUGGACCGACUAGCCCCAGAGAUCAUAUCCAGUAUCAUUUCACACCUUGUACCAUAUGAGUACUUCUCGCCAGCUAAAUUCUACGACGAAACUAGGCCUCCAAUACGCUGUCUCGCACAUCUAGCAGCACUAUGUCGUUGUUGGCAACCUCUGAUUGAAGAGGCAUCAUUCCGUGAGCUCGAGUUGAACCCAGAAUCGGUCUCCUAUGCGAUAGAGAACAACAUUCUCACCCCAAGGCGCCUUUCGUAUAUCCGCCGGCUUGAUUACUCGUUUCCAUCAGCAGAUGAAGCACAUCCUCCAACAGUAGGCCCCGAAAUUGACACGGGUUUUCUGCCUCUUCUUCAGUUGCUCGCUCAGAUACCUCUACAAGAGGAGCCGCUCGUAGAACUUCUCGUUAGCGUUCCCUCGGUGUUUCCAAGGGGGCCGGAAUAUCUCAGUAAACUGGAAGACCACGUCCAGGACAAUUUGGAGGACUUGAACCCAUGUCUCCCAGAAGUUCCCAUGAUAAACCAUUUCCGGUUCAACAGUGGGUUUAACCGCUUUUUCUACUCUCCACGCUCUAUCUGCUUGAUAGCAGUGAACGAGAGGAAUGAACUUGCACGGUCAUUGCAUGGUUUGCCUUCAUCCAUCCAUCGAUUCGACCUCGAUUACUAUGUGAGACCAACCUUGCUGAAAGAUGCCAUGUCUUCUACGCCGACAGAAGAAGACGUUCUAAGUCGAGAAUUAUGUCGGUUCUCACAAAGAAAAGGACUAGAAGACUUCUCCUUUGAGGGGAGUAUCGAGCCUACUAUCUUCUGGCCAUCAAAGUCAGAUACAGCUGAAGAGCCUCGGUGGCCGAGCCUCAAAGCUUUUGGUCUUACUCCACAUGAGGUCUCACCUUCAGGGAAGCGGCUCAUCUUCCAUCGAUCGCGUCGCAUGUACCCAGUUGACGAUGUAGUGAACGAAUAUUUUGUGGCGGCGGCACGAUGUGUAUCUCGCAUGCCCAAGGCAGAGUAUCUCUUCAUAGAGCUCAAAGACACGUGGUACCCUACUUUUGUUUUCUGCACUGGCUAUCCUCACGAUCCUGACGAGCCAAUUCUGAGACUCUCAGGAGGAGGAGGUUCUGCGAUCUCUGAGGAGACUGAAAAGGAAUGGCGGAAGACAGUGGGAAUUCACAACUUGGAGUUUUCUAUGGAGGUUGAUGAGGAGCAGGACUAG